AUGAUGAUGAAUGUAACAUUCCGCUUUUGGAUCGAGCUCAACUAACAGCAACUACUUCCUUACCCGAACGAGGCCCGAACAAUGCUAGGCUAAGUGGUGGAUCCUAACAAGAAUCCUGAAGAGUAUCUCAGAACGGGAUGUCUUAAAAGGCAUUGCUUUUAUAAUCAGAUGCGAUAUAAUAAAUAUUCCUAUCGUAAUUGCAAUCAAGAAUUGAAUUUGAAUUGUGAUCGAAUUCGAUUAGGUUUUAUCGCUUAUGUUUAGGAGUAAUAUUUUUAAAAUGUCGUCAGCUGUUCGUUGGGCAUUCAAUUGGAAAGAGUGGAACCCAAGCGAGCGCGAGUUUGAGCACGCAAUUUCUUGCAUACAAAGUGAUGAGAAAGCUAGAUUAGGAAGAUUUGUAUUUCGUAAAGACGUUAGAGCUUCCCUUGCAGGUAGAUUGUUAAUGAGAAAAUUUGUCAGUGAUUAUGGGGGUCUCCCAUAUGACAAAAUCAUUUUUCUCAGAAACGAACACAACAGGCCUGUGUUGAAAGAUAAUUCUAUUGCUGUGAGUUUUAAUGUAUCUCAUCAUGGUUCCUACGCGGUUUUAGCUGGCGAGACUAUACAUGUAAAAUUAGGUGUAGAUAUCAUGACGUUAGAACAUACUGGGAACAAAAAUAUCCCCGAAUAUUUCCGUUUAAUGGACAGAAACUUCUCAGCUGCCGAGUGGAGGGAGAUUAAAGGUUCUUCAGGAAAACCUGAAGCAGAACAGUUAUCUAUGUUCUACAGACAUUGGGCGUUAAAGGAAAGCUAUGUUAAGGCAUUGGGAGUAGGGAUUACUGUCGAUCUAAGAAAGAUAGAUUUUCGAACGAAUUCAUCGUUACGCGAAGGUUUGAUCACAACCGACACAGACUUGUAUACCGACGCAAUCCAACAGGAUUGGUUGUUUGAGGAAACUUUACUCGAUUCGCAGCAUUGCGUCGCCGUAGCGAUAUCGCGAGAAAACGAAAAUCGAUCAUCAUCACGGAAUGUGAUGUUUGAGACGUUGGAUUACGACAAGCUUAUGACGCACGCAGUUCCACUUUUUCCAAUAGAUUCGCAAUAUACGGCUCAAUAUUUCGCCAAAUCUGAAAAGCCAAGAUUUAUGUGAUUUAUAUGAUUUGAUGAUAGUUUUACAUAACUAUAUAUAGAUGCAGUUAAAUACUGUUAUAUUUUUUAAUACAUUAAAAUUUAUUGCAAAUUAAAUUUUU